UGCAACACUGAGCAAUAAAGUGUUAGCACGUCAUUAGUUUUUUUCUCCAAUUUGAUCGUGUGUGAGUGCAGAGAAAAUUUUCCAAUUUUUUUUUCAAUUUACAAAGAACUCAAGUGAAUCCUGUUUAAAUUUUCGUAAUUAUUUAUAUUUUUAGAAUGAGUACGUGCUUUUAUAUAUCAGGAACUGUAAUUACAGCAUAAGUUAAAAUCGUUAUGGAAAAAUUUCCAUUAAAAGGUAGCAGAGAGAUUGCAGCUGAAGGGAAUAGUUACAUUACGGCCUAUCAGUCGGUAUUGAAAAAGUCAAACGGUCACACAGGUGUUGUAGGAGAUAUUACUAGUACUCAGGAUCAUCCAUUGGCUACCUCAUCUCUAACAAAGGAAAGCAACGGUACUGCUACAACAACUGCACUCACAGUUGCGGACGACGACGAGGAAAUGAUCGAUAUCACACCACAUUCAAGUCCAGGCGAUGCUGGGCAUUCAUCUAAUUUCAAUUACAAGCGACAUACUUCAGCGGAUUCUGAUUUAGAGGGCGAGCGUGAGCAUCAUUACUCACGGAAUCACCAUCAUGUACCAACACAUAGCGCUUUCGGCGAUACCAAUGACAACGCGCACGAUGAUAUACCUGGCAUUGGACAAUACGAUGAUUUUCACACGAUCGACUGGCAACGCGAUAUUGCUCGUGAUCGCAUGCGGCAUCGCUACAUAGUCAAAAAGAGACAGGAUUCAUUUUGGGACCUUCUGAAGGGUGCUCAUGAUGCAUGGUCCGGUUGGUUAUGUGUACUCUUUGUUGGUAUUGCUGCUGGUUUUGUAGCUGGCAUGAUCGAUAUUGGCGCCAGUUGGAUGUCUGAUUUGAAGCACGGCAUUUGUCCACAAGCUUUUUGGUUUAAUCGCGAGCAAUGCUGUUGGCCAACAAAACAAUCUGUAUUCGAAGAGGGCAAUUGCUCAACGUGGAAGACUUGGCCGGAGAUUAUGGGUAUGGAUCGUAAUGGCACUGGCGCCUACCUAAUGUCCUAUUUCUGGUUUAUCAUAUGGGCGCUAAUGUUUGCCGCACUAAGUGCAUCGCUAGUGCGCAUGUUUGCACCGUAUGCCUGUGGUUCUGGUAUACCGGAAAUUAAGACCAUACUUUCCGGAUUUAUUAUACGUGGUUACUUGGGCAAGUGGACGUUGCUAAUUAAAUCUGUUGGUCUCAUGCUCUCUGUAUCAGCGGGUUUAACGUUGGGCAAAGAAGGUCCCAUGGUACAUAUAGCCAGCUGUAUAGGCAAUAUAUUCUCGCACAUGUUUCCAAAAUAUGGACGCAAUGAGGCGAAGAAACGUGAGAUUCUAUCUGCAGCUGCAGCGGCUGGUGUGUCUGUGGCUUUUGGUGCACCCAUCGGUGGUGUGCUGUUCUCACUCGAGGAGGUUUCCUACUAUUUUCCGCUGAAGACGCUGUGGCGUUCAUUCUUUUGCGCAUUAAUUGCCGCAUUCGUUUUACGUUCACUGACACCCUUUGGAAAUGAGCAUUCGGUAUUAUUUUUCGUCGAAUAUAAUAAACCUUGGAUAUUCUUCGAACUUAUACCAUUUGUGUUUUUGGGAAUUAUGGGCGGUGUAAUCGGCACAAUAUUUAUCAAGGCGAAUUUAUGGUGGUGUCGUUACCGCAAAUUUAGCAAGCUAGGCCAAUAUCCCGUUGUUGAAGUGCUGGUGGUGACACUUGUAACUAGCAUCUUGUGCUUUCCCAAUCCAUUUACGCGCAUGAAUAUGAACGAGCUUAUUUAUUUACUCUUCAGUCAAUGUUCGCCGGGCGAUACCACGAAUCCGCUAUGCGAUUACAAGCGCAUGAAUAUUACGAAUGGCGCCACAUCUUCGAUAGAAGUGACGGAACCGGGCGCUGGUGUAUAUCAUGCUAUUAUUUUGCUCCUACUUGCUUUUGUAUUUAAAUUAGCAUUGGCUGUUUUCACUUUUGGCAUGAAGGUACCUGCGGGCUUGUUCAUACCUUCCCUGCUACUGGGUUCAAUUAUGGGUCGCAUUGUAGGAAUUGGCGUUGAACGUUUCGCCUACAGCUAUCCAAACAUCUGGCUCUUCACCGGCGAAUGCGUCAGUGGCAAAAAUCUUAUUACACCCGGUUUAUAUGCGAUGGUGGGCGCAGCUGCGACUCUGGGCGGCGUAACACGCAUGACUGUCUCCUUGGUGGUAAUCAUGUUCGAGCUGACAGGCGGCGUUGGUUAUAUAGUUCCAUUGAUGGCUGCUGCUAUGGCUUCGAAAUGGGUGGGUGAUGCCCUCGGAAGACAGGGUAUAUAUGAUGCACACAUAGCUCUUAAUGGUUAUCCGUUCCUCGAUAGUAAAGAAGAGUUUGCACAUACAACUCUGGCAGCUGAUGUAAUGCAACCAAAAAGGAAUGAGACUCUUAAUGUUAUCACGCAAGAUUCUAUGACUGUUGAUGACAUUGAGACAUUACUAAAGGAGACUGAGCAUAAUGGAUAUCCAGUUGUAGUGUCAAAAGAAAGUCAGUAUUUAGUUGGGUUCGUGCUGCGCAGGGAUCUCAAUUUAGCUAUAGGUAACGGCAAGCGGCUGAUCGAGGGUAUCACUGGCUCGUCGAUAGUAUUAUUUACAUCUGCAGCGCAAACUCAGAAUUUGGGUCCACCACCGCUGAAAUUGAAGAAAAUCUUGGAUAUGGCGCCCAUAACGGUAACAGAUCAGACCCCAAUGGAAACUGUGGUGGAUAUGUUCCGAAAAUUGGGAUUACGGCAAACACUGGUGACACAUAAUGGUCGUUUGCUGGGUGUUAUAACUAAGAAGGACGUUUUGCGCCAUGUUAAGCAAAUGGACGAUGAGGAUCCAAAUACUGUUUUGUUCAACUAAUUGAAAUAAAAUACAGCCAUUACCGCCAAGAAAACCUGGCGCAGUCCAUCCUAGGCAGUCAAAAGUUUAUCAUCGAGGCAUAAUGUUUGCUGUACAAGAAAUAUGUAGCUGAAUUGUUUCCGAUAUCAUUAUUGUUAGUCUUACUAUAUAUGUAUAUUUACGCUCUUGUAUAUGUAUAUUGCGCUCUGGCGCAUAUUAUGUAUGUAUUUUUGAUAUUUUGUAUAUUAACCAAUUAUUCAUUGUAUGAAUUUCCUCGGCAAGCAUUCUCCUCAUGUCUUGUUAAAAAGUUCUGACGGAAAUUUGGUUUAUACAUAUUACAAUUAUUUUUGUUUUGCAGCUAGGAGGAUUCAUGUGUGUAUAUAUAUGUCUGUCUAUCCGACUUAUUCCAAUAUACAAUUAUACAUAUAUUUUUGAUAUGUUUUAUGUAAAUUGUCACCUUUACAAUAUAUUCCUAACAAAUUUUAAUCAUUUGCUUGCAUCCGUUACUUUACAAUGAGAGCAACUUUAUUGUAUUUACUAAAAACGAUUUUAUUUGUAAUAUAAAAAGAGAGUUAGGGCCAUUUAGCGUCAAAUUUAUCAAUAAAAAGUCACAUUACAACAAAUGCACCGUACUGUGUAAUCUAGUUUAUAAAUACAAGCGUAUAUGCGAGACCGUAACUACUUGAAAAAAGUUGUAAUAACAUACAUUUUCGCUUUAAUUAACAUAUGGGCAAAUCCUGGCGUUGUGGACCUUACGUUCGGACGUUUCUUUAACUUUUUUUGGCGGCAAAACAGGAAAAGUUAAAAUAUUUGCCUGGUAUACGGAAAGGUUUAUAGCAGUACUU